GACGCACUCUUGCUAAGUUCCUGCAGCUGUGAAAACUGAAAUCUGAUUUCUGCAGUCAUGGCCAAACUGAUGGUUCUCACUGUUGUUGCAGUUUUGCUGCUUGCCGAUGUGAAACUAAGUAGAGGAUUUCGGCCUCCUCUGUGCUGGACCGACUGGUACAAUCGCGACAAUGCAAAUGGAAAAGGUGACUAUGAGGAUCUGAAGCACCUCAGAAAGGAACACCCUGGAGAAAUUUGUCCCUACAUUUUGGAAAUCGAGGCGGUUACUGUGUUUGGAAACAUUAGAGCUGAAGACACAGGGCACACCUUCCAGGCCUACAAUACUGAAGUUGGCUUCAUUUGCCGCAACGAGGAUCAGCAAUUUGGGCGAUGCAUGGACUACAAGGUUCGCUUCGGAUGUCCAUGCUUUCUUCCACAUUAAAUGCAUCCAUUACAUCCAUUAACCUGAGAGAAAAUAAAAACCUUUAGUUCA